AUGUCGACCUGCAGGAAGAGUAGAGAUAUUGAGACAAAAAAGGCCUUGUGGAUGCUUAGGCUUCUCAUCCAGAAGCUACAAAGGGGCCUCUCAGUGCUGGCACAUAGAGGGCCUGAGGAUCUCAGAGAAGUCCAAGUACCAGCAACAAUGGUGCCGGAUGAUGUUAGCGAAGGACAUUUUGUUGUUUUUGCGGUCAAAGGUGAGGAAACAAAAAGGUUUGUUGUUGAGCUGGAUUACUUAACAAACCCAGCAUUCUUAAGGUUGCUGGAGACGGCUAAGGAAGAAUAUGGAUUCAGACAGAAAGGAGCUCUUGAAAUCCCUUGUCCACCCGAGGAGCUGCAGAAGAUUCUCGAUGACACGUGUUAUUAG